AUGUCAGCACAUGACCAGAUUCGAGCUAUGCUCGAUGAAUUAAUGGGAACUACCCGAGAUGGAGAUUCCGACAAGUAUCGAGUGAAAUUUGAUGACCCUCGGGUAUGUAAGAGCUUCCUACUCGGCUGUUGCCCCCAUGAUAUUCUGGCUAGCACGCGUAUGGAUCUUGGAGACUGUCCAAAUGUCCACGACCUCGCCCUGCGUGCAGACUAUGAAACAGCUGCCAAAACAAGGGAUUAUUUCUACGACAUUGAUGCCAUGGAGCACUUGCAGAGCUUCAUUUCAGAUUGUGACCGCAAAACUGAGGUUGCCAAACGUCGUCUGAAGGAAACACAGGAGGAACUUAGCGAAGAGGCAAACUCAAAGGCUGAGCAGAUCCAUGCGCUUGGUGAGCAGAUUGGUACUUUGAUGGCUAAAGCAGAGGAAAUUGGAGCUGCAGGACAGGUUGAUGAAUCCAUGAAGAUGCUGGAAGAAGUCGAAGCUCUUAAAAUGAAGAAGAUGCAAGCCGAAAUUGAGUUGAGGAACUCAAUGCCGGCCUCCAGCUAUCAACAGCAAAAGCUUCGAGUCUGUGAGGUUUGUGGUGCUUACCUUGGCAUUCAUGAUAACGAUCGUCGGCUGGCAGAUCAUUUUGGUGGAAAGUUGCAUCUGGGAUUUAUCACCAUCAGAGAGAAGUUAGAACAGUUGAAGACUCUGGUUACUGAAAGACGGGCCCAGCGAGAAGCUCAACGGGAGGAGAUGCGCCAGAGACGGGAGAAGGAUAUGGAGAGAGAUAGAGCAGGCAGUAAAUCUGAACGCAGCCCUAGCCGAAGCAAAAUAGAAAGAAGUGAGGCUGAGCGAGGUGCAAGAAACCGCAGCAGGGAUAGAGAGAGUCGAAGAUCUCGCAGCCGUGACAGCCACAGGAGGAGGCGGAGUUCAAGAUCAGGAGAUCGUAGUUCAAGGAAGAAGUCUAAACGCAGUCGUUCCCGAUCAAGGAGAUCUCGUUCAGAUUCUAGAGAAAACAGACGCCGCCAUUCUCGCUCUCGCAGCCACUCGAGGAGGAAGCACACUAAACGCAGCCGUUCCGGCAGUCGGUCCAAAAAUAGGUCACGGUCGGGGAACGGUAAAGACUUGCAAACCACCAGUGAGGUGGAACAGAUGUGUAAAGGAAACGUUUAUCUAACAGAAAAAAAUGCUGAUGGGUAG